UUCCGGGUGUCGGAUUCGCAGCAAUGACCUUUAGCAUGCGGAAGGUCCGGUCCAGGGCUAUUGCUGAUUUGCUGCGCCACCCUGGACUCCGCAAUCGGCACCGGCGGUUGGGUUGCAGGAACUGUUUCGCUUUGUGCACUCAAUGCCGGCUUGAUAUCUGGUUUCUUGAGUGUUAAACAGAGAUUUUGUUUAACGAGUGUGUGAUUUGUGCCUCUCGCGAGGUGGUUGUCCCUGGAUUGUGGUGGUUGAUGUAUGCGAAAAGCUCUUGCAAUCUUUUUCAGUUGGGAAGUAUUCCUACUCCGCUUGCGGUAUGGAUUCUGGUGCAGUGGCUGUGGUCCCAGUUUGUCGGUGAGUGAAUCAUCGUUGACAAGCAUCAGAGUGGACUAGGUUUGCUCUGCGCGCUUCCUUUUGAAGACGUUGUCGCCAAACACAAUGAUGGGGGCAUUUGGAAGUUUAAGGUCAUGUAGAGGAGCAGCGAUGGCAACCCAGUUUCCGAGGGGCAGGCGAAAGCAGAGGGACAUGAUCCUGAGUGUGGCUUUGAUUGUGAGCCUCGCGCAAAUAGUGGCUGGUAAAGAUUAUAAUGCAGCUUUCCAGAGGAAUCUGUGCGAUGACAAAAAUCAGCUGUGCUAUCAAACUCGCGAGAUGGCGCCCAACUUUUGGGGUUUGAUUGUUACGCUUUUGAGUUUGACAACCGAUGCUUGGGGGUUCGCAUCUUCUUCGGAGUUUGCAUGGCGGCUGCUUUUAGUGUUCGUCGCGGGCCCGAUCAUGCCCGUCUGGAGCUUAAUCGAAGUUCUUGGAAAGGCAUUUGUAGGCAUGAAUCUAACAAAGAAGCUCGGUAGAUCCACGGUUACUGUGGCUAGAAGUAAUUCCGCCAAUAUCAUCGCACAAUGCGACGUCUUGUUGGGAAUGAGCGAGGACGCCGCCACAAGGUUUCCGGUAAUGCACACGGAGCAAAACUACAGUAUUGAUGUAUUGCUGACACCGCUUGAGGUGGGCAAUCGGCGUGAAAGCGAGGCAUUGGUGCUUCUCAACGACAGAGGCAAGGAAGCUCUUCUUCGAGCAAAUGUGCUGCCCAAGUACGAACAACUACGGUUCUUGCACGGCUACAGUGGCCUCGCAAUCGCCGUUACAGCAUCGCAAGCAGUUGGAUACAUUUUUGGCGUCGUAUCCCGCGCAAGUCAAAGCCUAAAAGUAACGCCCAUCGAGAGAAUCUGCAUGGCUCUGAGCUUCAUCGUCUUGGUGAAAGCUGGCUUGUACACGAUCGCUAGCAGCUGCCACCACCCACUGCUCCUCCACGUAUCCUCUGAGCAUGAGGAAAGCGUUAUUGAGGCUUGCAAGGACACCAAGUAUAACGAAAACGAUGAAUUUACGGUGGAAAUGAAAACCCUCCUUUGUACGGAACUGGUUCUCGCCAUUCUCUUGGCUCUCUCCGUUGUGGCCAUUUGGCAUGUCAUCCAGCAGAAUGUUUUCGACUCCUUGCCUAGCUUUUUCUUCGCCAUAGGCAUUUUCUUGCAGAUGGUUAUCGCGCUCCUCAUGUUCGGCAAGUCUAUCCGCAUUCCUAGUUUGCUGCGAACCAAGAUCUGUUCCAUUUUCAUUGUUGCCAUCUGCUCGCUGGUAAACCUUGCCGCCUACACGCUGGCCGUAGUUUCCACCAUCAAGCAUUGGCACAGUAGCGGCUUCAGCUACAAGAGCAACAUGUCGGACGCAUUGCCGCACAUUGGUUAGGACCUCCAUCGGAUUUGCUGGUCUCAAUUUUUUUAUUUUAUUUUUAUUUUUUAUUAUCACAUGUCAGCAAAAUUUGAAAUCCAUGUGUAGUGAUGUCCCUUGUAAAAUGGUGGGACCUUGGUACGAGAUUGAACCGUGUGCCUGCGAGGCUGCUUUCUAGCCAAGCUUCAUGAAAAGUAUUCAUGUAGCGUUCAGCAGAGUGUAGAGACGGUGGUUCUUCAUGAACAGAUAGUCUAAAAUUGUAUCUUAUGUCGAAGAGACUACAAUUCAUUAAAUUUCACCUGAUUUCUCUUGCCUA